CCGGUUCCUUCACAAACUGAUUCGUUCAGGUUCGCGCAUUGCUCUUCGACAUCCGCGGCGAGUGCAGGCGGCCAACAGACGAACCGAAGAAGAACUGACAUACAAGUAUGUAGGCUUGAAAUAAAAAUUACAACUCAAGGCCGCCAAUGACGAGCGCUCGGGUCCCGCCUGGUUCUUCACCGUAACCGCGAAGCCCCUGUUCAUCCGGAGCUGAUGGAGGCCGGGGGGAGCUCAUCUUCAGCCGGGGCCGCUGGCUCAGAGGAGACGGAGACUGUCAUUGGAGUAGGAUACGGUAUGGAAGACACUGCUGCUAAGAAGGCAUACAUAACCGAGAUGCCCUCCUCAUCCUGCCACUCAGGUUCUGGCCCUGAGAAGAAAAUCGGCCAUAGGAGGGUGGACGCGUCAGGAGAGACCACCUACAAAAAAACGACCUCCUCUGCCCUAAAAGGUGCCAUCCAGCUGGGCAUUGGCUACACGGUAGGCAACCUGAGCUCCAAGCCUGAGAGAGAUGUGCUCAUGCAAGAUUUCUACGUGGUGGAAAGCAUCUUCUUUCCAAGUGAGGGCAGUAAUCUGACUCCAGCGCAUCACUAUCCAGACUUCAGGUUUAAAACCUACGCCCCUGUGGCAUUCCGCUACUUCAGAGAGCUUUUUGGGAUUCGACCUGAUGACUACUUGUACUCCUUGUGUAAUGAGCCGCUGAUCGAGCUUUCCAAUCCAGGGGCCAGUGGCUCCAUCUUCUAUGUCACCCGUGACGAUGAGUUCAUCAUCAAAACCGUCCAGCACAAGGAGGCAGAGUUUCUGCAGAAGCUGCUUCCUGGAUACUACAUGAAUCUGAAUCAGAAUCCACGGACGUUGCUGCCCAAGUUCUUUGGCCUGUAUUGUAUUCAGUCUGGGGGGAAGAAUAUUCGGAUUCUGGUGAUGAAUAACAUCUUGCCACGGGUUUUCCGUAUGCAUCUGAAGUUUGACCUGAAGGGCUCCACUUACAAGCGUCGGGCUUCUAAGAAAGAGCGGGAGAAGACCAAGCCCACCUUCAAAGACUUGGACUUCAUGCAGGAUGUGCCUGAUGGACUACUGUUGGACACUGACACUUACAAUGCAUUAGUCAAGACACUGCAGAGAGAUUGUCUGGUGUUAGAAAGCUUUAAGAUCAUGGACUACAGCUUGCUGCUGGGCGUGCAUAACCUGGACCAGGCUGUGCGUGAGCAGCAGAUGGAGGGCUGUCAGAGUAGCGGUGACGAGAAGAGGCCUGCAGCUCAGAGAGCGCUCUACUCCACAGCUAUGGAGUCCAUCCAGGGAGGAGCAGCCUGCGGAGACUCCAUCGACACGGAAGACACAAUGGGGGGAAUCCCUGCAGUCAGUGGGAAAGGAGAGAGACUUUUGCUCUUUAUCGGCAUCAUAGAUAUCCUGCAGUCCUACAGACUCAUUAAGAAGCUGGAGCACACAUGGAAGGCUCUGGUCCAUGAUGCUGACACAGUAUCGGUUCACAGGCCAAACUUCUAUGCUGAUAGAUUCUUGAAGUUCAUGAGUUCCACAGUGUUCAAGAAGAGCUCUUCUCUGAAGUCCUCUCCCUCUAAGAAAGGCCGUGCACCCCUGACCGUGCCCAAACACACCGGACCUGGGGCAGCGUGGUCAGCCAGCCAGCUGCCCUCAGAGAGAGAUCAAAAUAUCUAUGACCUAAGAGGAGCGCGCAGCUUCCCAGUGCUGGAGAACGAUGGCCUGCAGCCCUGCACCCCUCCAUCAUUUGAGGAGGCCACCACAGCGUCCAUUGCAACGACGUUGUCAUCCAACACGUCCAUAUCCAUCCCUGAGCGAUCCCCUUCUGACACCUCCGAACAUCCCAGAUACAGGAGACAAACCUCAAGUUUAAAAGACAGUGAUGGGAGGGUGGUUGAUGUCCAUGAGGAAGACCAGCAGACUAUCACUGUGCAGGUGGAGGUGAAGAGAGAGAGGGAAGAGGAAGACGUGGAGAGAGAGAGAGUGAUAGAGGAGAUGAUGGUGCAGAAAGAACCUGCACUCUCCCCUGUUCCACUUCCUACACAGAGAAGUGAACCAGUGGAAGCUGUGGCUGAAAUCCGCGAGACCGAGAUCCUGGAUGAUGUUGUUCCAGAGACGCCGCCCCCUAGGCAGACAGCAGCUGUUCUGCGGUCUUCAUCACCACCAGCAGCCGUCCCUCUGGAGGCAGUUGCUGUGGAAACAAGCCCCAAGACCACAGCGGUGGUCCCCAGGCCAGGAGCUCCAGAAGCGGAAGCCUCCUCUCCUGCACCCCCCAGCUCCAGACCCAGCGGGGGUCAGACAGAGCCCGGAAGGCCACUCUCACAGUCCUUCAGCCAGGGCUCUCUGGAGGAGGAGGUUGUGCCAACCACCGAUAUCUACUUUUAUGCAGAAGGGAGAUACUGGGUGUAUUCCCCUGUUUCACAUCGACGCAAACUCAGCCCGAGCCACUACAACCUUCAGCCUCCAGAGGAGCAGAGCUGGGAGUAUUCCCCCCCUGUACUACGACUCUGAGUCUCAGCAUGUCUUUGAUGGAGAGAGCCAGACAUAAACUCUAUGCAGCUUGAGAGGUGUUAAGGUGUGCUGUUAGGCCUGAGCCGCUCUGUCUUUCAAACCGAAGCAGCCAUGCCAAUCCAUGAGCCCCCCACAGCAGGCACCCUGCUCCACCGUGCAUCAUGGAAAGAGAGACUAUGGAAUUUUCCAGAACAAAAAAAAAAAGAAAAAUAGAAAACAUCUGCCAGCUCUUUUCCACCCUUCCCCAAACUCUACCUUGUCUGUCAGUAGUACUGUACCUGCUUGAAUCAAACAAGCGAGAACUGUUGCACAUGAAGGACUUCCAGGACGUGCAUGUCUGUCUCCGAGGAGUGUAUGGUGUGGACAAUCCAGAGCGUCCUGCGACUGCUCUUCAAUCAUUCCAUGGCCCAAAAGUGACCAUUCCCUUAGUCAUAGCAGUGAGGUUGUUCACUCUUCUUUGAGUGAGCAUCUUUACGGAACCAUGUGAUGUGUUUUUGUUAUGCUGAAAAUUCGUUGUUUCCCCUUCAAACUGUUGCACUGUAUUAAUCUGUGUUUUUAUUUAUUCUUGAAGAUGUUCACAAUCGUUGCUGUCAGAUCAAAACCUCAAAACUUUUUUUUCUUUAUUUUUUUUGGCAUUUGAAAAUGUUAGAUGGCCUUUAGCUUUCACGAGGACUGAGAUGAUGUACAGUGCUGUCAGAGACCAACCUUUGUUUAUUUCAUUUUCAGUCAAAACGACCAUUAGAUAGUUAUUCAUUUUUGAGUGUCAGGAAAAAAGCUGAACAAAAAAUUAUACAAAAGCCUCAACAACUAAAUAUAAUAUCAGUUUUAGUAGUCAAUUUGUCUGCACUUUACCUUCAUUACAGCUUCCACUAUUUUCAGGAGAUUUUCCGUUUUCAUAUUUUCAUGCAUAUUUUUCUAAAGUUCAGUCUUAGAAGUUGGCUGCAUUUUCUGCUUUUCACAAUUCAAGUAAUUCUCUCUUCUCACAGUGGAAGGAUGGGCAGAAACACCUGUGGAUGUUUUCAGAUCUGGAGCAAGAGUGGAGCUUGACUUUCUCCUCUCUCUCAAAGAUGAAAGCUUUAAGUUCUGCUUAUCUGAUGGAAACAGUUUUGUUGGUGUACCAGGUCUUGCAGGGUUGUUAGGACUCAAAAUUUCUAUAUAUUAUUUGAACUUAACUAUAUCAUUUUGACUUGUUUUCCAUUGAUUUUUCCCUUUAUUACGGAAGUCUCAUCUCAAAUAUAUCCCCUGAAAAAUUAUUUGAAAUAUUUUGACUGGAAAUGAUAUAAAGGAAAGGGUGGUGGUUCUGACAGUGAUGAUAAUGGGUUUUGUUUAUUUGUCCAUGAUGUUAUUGUGCUGUAGAAGUCUAGAGGUUGAGAACUGUGACUGCUAUUUCAUGUGUUAUAUAACAUAUCAGUGGGUGUGACUCGGCCACCAUUACUGGCUCACAGCCACAGCCAGAAGGCUUUGCUAUAAUGACCUUUCAGGGUUCAAUAUUUCAUUUUCAGCAUAUCAAAUAACAACAAAGGGCACUGGUGCAAGUACUGUGUGUCAAAACAAUCAAUACUCCAACAAACCACAACUACUGUAAUAUAUUGAGUAAAGAGUGUCUGCUCUCUUUUUAUGUUUUUUUUCUUUAGAUAUUAUUUAGGUCAAGGAAAUUUGUAAGUUUCAUUUUCUGUGUGAUUGUUUUAAAUUUUAAAAUAUAGCAACUAUAGAUUUCAAGCAGUCAUACUGUAUAUUAACUCCUGCUGUAUCAGGCGAUUGCUUUUCUUUGUUCUUAUGGGAACGACACUAAGUUAAGGUUCACUAAAUCAUUCCUAAUGUGACAUCCUUAUUCUUCUUAAUAUUCUAUUUGAAGAGUUCAGACAUUCAUGGUCUUACUGCCAUGCAACUAUCUAUGCUGUGUGUGUGUGUGCGUGUGUGCGUGUGUGUGUGUGUGUGUGUGUGUGUGUAUUAAAAGUUAAAAUGUAUUAGCAUGUAUUCCUGUCUACAAAUAACUCUAUGUACAACCAAUUUUGUUUGAUUAUUUUCUUAAAACUUGUUAAAAAAGACAUUUCCAGUUCUAUUUUUAAAGUUUUAUUUCUCUCAAUUGAAAAAGAUUUCUUAUUUAUUAUCUUUUAUUAAUAUCAUCUGAUGUAAAUCUGUCAGCUUUAUAGUUUUUUAAAGAGUCUUUUAUAUGUUUUUGUGUUCAUGUUGGAUGAACCGAAUGUCUUGUAAUAUUGUGCCGUACAACCUUGUAAUGGCAAUUACCAGUUACUCAGUACAAAUAUCAGUCAGUUCCUUUUGGAUUUUGAUUUGGUGUAGCAGUAAAAUCCAUAGAAUCAUGAUACAGUAUGUGAUUGCCUUAUUUGGACAAGUCAAAUGAAAUGAUCAAUUUCCCUGUGUGGUCACGAUGAAUCAACGUUUAUUUUUCCCAAAUGUUAUCUGGAAUUCCACCGAUUUUUCAACAUUUCUGCAUAAUUAAAUAGUUAAGAUGUAAACAAAGUCUUUCAGGGUUCAUCUGAAAUGUUCCAUUCUAGAGAAAUGCCACAGAAAGUCACAGAAAGCUGUAACAUGAAAUGGAUAACCGAGAAUAAUUUUCUGGUGAAACCGAGAAUAAUUUCCACUGGUGGUUAUGGAUAUUAAAUAAAAUGGCUGUAUUUGUGUUGUGAUCCCUGGUUCCCAUCACCACCACUGUAAAGACAUCUGAGUCUAAGUUUCUCUACAGUGAACUAUUACAUGUCAAAACACUCUGAAAGACUCUGUUUACGUCUCAUUGAAUGAAUUAUGCAGAAAUAUUUUUAAAAACCUGCAGAAUUCCCCUUUAAGGAGCUGUUUGUGUUGUAGCUAUAAUGUACAUAUGUUCUGAACAGUAUAGUGUAGUAUAUGUUUUAAACUAUAAGGUUUAUUUUUGACUGCAUGUGAAACCAUAGUAAGAUGGGAUGAGGACACAGUGAAUCAGGCUUGUCCUCCAUUCCCAACGGAGUCUGUCAGGUGCUUUAGCUGUUCAAAUGUCUGGUGCAAAGCUGUACUGUGUGUGUAUACAAUGAAAAAAAACAUCAGUGAUCAAAGAGCGUGUGUAUGUGUGUGUGCAUGGGUGUGCGCAGCUGUGUGUGUGUCUGUGUGUGUGUGAGAGAGAGAGAGAGAGAGAGAAUGUGUAUUUCGUUAUUUAUUGAGGAAUAUGUGCUUUAUUUUUAGCCAUUUCCAGCUGUCUUUUCCUGAAAAAAGUAUGCAUGUAUUCAGUACCAAAAAACAUUGCUGAAAUAUUUAUCUGUAACCAUCUGUGUCUGUCUCUUUAAAGGGAUAAGUUGAUGGUAGAUGGUAAUGAUGUAAAAAUUAAGAACAAAUAAAAGUACAUUUGAAAAAGA